UAUAAGUAAUAUAAAGUAAGUAGUAUAAGUAAUAUAAAUAAUAUAUAGUAAAUAGUGUAAGUAAUAAAAUAUAAGUAAUAAGUAGUAUAAGUAAUAUAAGUAGCAUAAAGUAUUUAAAUAUGUAUAUAUGUAUUUCGAGAGUAUUAUUAUGAAUUACAUACUUCCCAUUGCAGAGAGUGGAAAUGUUUUUGCAGAAAUUCAGAUUUUGAAAACAGAAUGGUCAAUAAUACGGAAACUUGUAUACUUGUGUAAUGACUAUUUGUUAACCUGCAAUGUCACAGUAGUCUUUCAUCAAAAUCCUUACAUACAGUUUACAAGAUACAGAAAAUAGAAGUACCAAAUAGCGCGAUAGUCUCAAGGAAACACGUAAAAAGUGUUCACUUUAGGAUCUACCUGAUGCUGCAAAUGCUUCGAAGCAUCGUACAGACCUUCAUAAAUCUUUUUUACGCGCUGUAAAGCGCGAUUGUGGCUUCGAGUGUACCUUACUCUGAGUUGCAAAAAUCUCAGCCCGAUCUUCUUUCUAAUCGGACGAGCAAUCAGAUCAUACUUUAUCGCUGCGUAUGUAUACUACAAGUUGUUGGGUCAUAAUAUGCACAAUCCACAGCGGUUUUUCGAUGCGAUACACUCGAAAUCGCAUUGUUAUAUAUUCCAGACUAUUUUGCAACCAUGCAAAGCAAUCCAUCAUACAUAUAUGUGCCUAGUUAUAAUUCUGCAAUUACACUUUUUAACGGCGAGAACGUGAUUAGCGGGAAUACACGCGGACGUCAGCUACUGAUUGUGAUAUGAUUAUUUAUGAAAAUGGGAUUUGGCGCAGGAUUGUUCGUGGAAUUGCAGCGCGCACCGAUGAUUCGACUCAUUUGGCGCAACGAGUUCGCAGCCGCACUUUUCGCGAGUAUGUCGCACUUGCGCGCGAGAUGAAAUUCAUACGCGGACAUUACACCGGCGCCGCGACACCUCGAUGUAUCGCCGUCGAUACGCUGUCGCCGCGUUAUUGCCGCCGUUACUUACUUCUAUGAUCAAAACCUAGCUAGGAGCGUGUCGGCGGCUCGGUAUCGCCGUAAAUCAGUUGAGAGGAAAAAGGAAAUGAGUCACUUGCUAGGUAGUUCAUCCGUGACGUAAUCGCAUCGGUUUCUAGUAACGGAAGCUUUCGCGCUCGAGUCAGCAAGUUGGAAAACGAUCAGUCUGACGUGAACGCGAGAGACUGGGAACGAACCCAGCGAUGGACUUCAAUCGGCCAUAGUUAUGCGAUCUAAACCAUUAUGAUUUUCGGGUUUUGUUACACUAACGGGUAGUCCAUACGUCUCUCUACAUAAAACAAAAAAGGAUUCUAACCUUAUGGGCGCCUAAGAUUAAUUGGAGAACAAUUUAUUUUCUGCUAGUUGUAUCUCUUUUAUUCAGUUUUAAAGGUUAAGCUUGUCAAUGUGCUUAAGGUACUCCCUUAAAGAGAAAAAAAUUGACCACGCUUGACUGCUUGAACGAUUGCGAAGAACCUCAGCGCUGUCUACACUUUCUAAAUCCUGUAUUAAAUUUUCUUUAUUUUUUUUUAAACGUACUUCCAACGUGAGUUGUAUCACUCUUGCAUUAAUUACGGCUAAUUAAAAGGCAUUCCGGAAUUCAUAAUAAUAAAAGCGACGAAACAUUAUAUGGGGUUGUGAUUGCGCGAACUCUACCAUGACGUAAUUUCGCGUAUCGGUUGUUUAUUUCUUUUUCGAUCGUCUUACAAAAUUCGUCCGGAUAUCGCUUUACUCGUUAGAAACUCGCACGACGAGCGUCUGUUUGCUUUCAAAAUACACUCCGUUUUAUCUUCAUCGCUAUUAUCGAAAUAUAAUGGCAACCAGUGGAAUCGCGCUGACACAUCAUUAACAUGCUGUCUCAGCAAUUCGCAUAAUUACCAAUUUGCUACGCUGUAGUCGCGACAGUAUGUGCGCUCGCGCUGCCUGGAUAAUAUAUACACAUUGUGAACAGACCGCGGUCGAAGAUCCCCGGGAGACUUUUUUUGUGGCGCAAUAAUCGAUUGCUUUUGCAGUUCUGAGGAGCCGCGCGGCCUGAAUUAUUCAGCCGUGAGUCAGCCCGCGCAUACACAAGGGCGGAUUGCAGGAAUCUCGUUAAUGAGUUUUCUGAUAUGGCCUGAUUGGACCAUGCCUGAAUAACGGCGAUUGAACCGACCGGUUGCGCGACUUUCCGUGACCCCAAGGCGUGAUCACGAAUAUAAAAUUAUUAUUUAUUUAUCUCGCGGGAGAUUUUGGCCCCGGUGCACUGGUAGAGCUCGGUAUUUUCACGGGAGAAGUGAUAACACAGUGAAAAUGACGAUUUUCGGACGAUUUUCGGUUGAUUACGAGGCGCGAGCUGACAGAUACUAGACGCUUAUCCUGGAUGGUAUUGGAUCCCAAGGCCACCAGUUUGCACAGUGAUUACGGAAGUUUCGAUCGACCAUUGGGCGCCGGGGAGGGCCACGAGAGGGACGUCGAGGCGGCGGUUGAUGGAAGCAGCAGCGGGAUGGCACAGUCCAGCGACGUUUAUCAACGGCAGCCGCUGUUACCCGGCGUUCCCUCCAAGAGCAAGGACAAGUGGUCCGGGGUGGCCUCGGGCUCGGACUACUACGAGGACGACGAAGACGAGAAAAUCGAGACGCUCAGCCGGCACCCUGGCAUACCAAAUGGCUCCGGUAGCGGCGUCGUUAAGCUCGAUAUACCGGCGCCGCUGCGCGAGGAGCCGCGUUUCCCCAAGGAAAAAUGGAAAACGUUUCUCGCGUUUCUCUUCAUGGUCGUGAACUUCAUACUAACCACGGCGUCCCUCGCGAUGGUGCACGAGCGCGUACCGGAUAGAAACACAUACGGACCAUUGCCAGACGUGGUGUUGGACAACGUCGUCGCACAGGACUGGGCGCUUACCGUCUCGGAGGUUCUCAUUAUGAUCAUGUCAAACUCCGCGAUGGUCUUCAUCAUUUUCCAUAAGCAUAGAUUUAUUGUAGUUAGGCGAGUGUUCCUGCUGAUGGGGCUGCUCUACAUGAUGCGGAGUAUCACGAUGUACGUGACGGUCAUGCCGAUCGCCAGCAAGACUUACUAUUGCAGCCCGAAGGCGAACAACACCAGCCCGCUGCUCGUAACGAAGAGAGUCCUGCAGCUUAUCUCUGGCUUCGGUUUGUCUAUAAACGGCAGACACACCUAUUGCGGAGAUUACAUUUACAGCGGCCACACAGUCGUGCUAGUACUCAGUUACCUGAUCAUCAAGGAAUAUUCUCCGAGAAGGUGUCAACCGAUCCACUGGUUAGCGGGUCUCACGGUGCUCGUCGGAGUAAUUAUGGUCCUGGUAGCUCACGGUCACUACACCGUGGAUGUACUUAUAGCUUACUAUGUUACUACACGCCUGUGGUAUAUUUAUCACACGCUAGCCAACAACCCGCAUCUUAAGCAAUAUGGACCAAACAACUUUUUGGCCCGACUCUGGUGGUUUCGAAUCUUCAAAUAUUUCGAGAAAAAUGUGGGCGGCACAGUGCCACGACAAUAUGACUGGCCUCUACCUUGGCCUCGACGAUUUCUUGCCAAGCAUCCUAACCGAGAUAGUUAAUACUGGUCCUGACAUCACGAUAGAGGCUGUUAAACAAAGGAAGGGGGGAUUUACUUUUGUUGUAUAUAUUAUAUACAUACAUGUACACACAUACUUGCGUAUGUAUACAUCUUAGGCUCGUUAAGUGGGAGAUAAAGCUUUGCUAGAGAGACGGAUAAAUGUGGGACGUACGACCGUUUAAAGAGCGGCUACAGACAUUUGUGGAAGCAUGACACUUUGUGUCGUUCACUUCUUUGUAAUCUAAUCGUGAACUCGCGGACACAAUAUUCGUACUCUCUCAUGUAAGUCAUCGUCCAAUCGGCUCGAAUUUACUUUUCGCUUGAUUUUGAUACAAUUUAUAUAUACAAUUUAAAGGGUAGAUAAACGAGAUGGACGGAGUUAGUUGUAGCACGGAGAUUCGGAUGGUGGGAAGUGAGACUCGAAUGGUUACCGUACAAUUCCGACAUGUUUUAUUAAUUCGUAUACAAUCGCGUGUACCUUCGGAUAUAGCUAUGUAAAGAGAAACAGCAAAUCGAAA